UUUGAAACAGCUACCCCUAUUUCCCUAUGUCUGCCUGUAUUUCUCAGGCCAUGGACACACUGCAGGAGCUGCUCACCACCAUAUGCUCCCUGAAAACCACUGUUGAGGCCUUCCAGGAGGAGCUGCAGCUCCUGAAGGACAAUUCGCAGAAGACUGGCUUGGAGGAUCUGCGAGAGCGUUUGGGACAGCUGGACGAGCACGGUCACCUCCUGCAGAGCCUCCUGGACCAAAUGAAAGGCCAUGUGCAGGAGGAGGCCGUGCAGGAGCCUGCCCGCCAGGCCCUGCGCAGGCUGAGCUUGCUGCCCGAGCAGCACGAGGCCAUGGGCGCCCGCGUCACCCACCUGGAGAGCCGACUGCAGCAGCACGCCACCAUUGGCAGCCUGGAUGAUAUAGCUGCCAAACUGGAGCGGGUGCAGAGUGAUGUGCAGCACCUGGAGGAUGAAGAAGAAAAGGCACUGGACUUCCGCAAGGACGUGCUGGAGCAAGUGGGGCAGCUGCGGGAGCAGUGCGCCCGGCUGCAGGAGGCUGCCGAGCGCCUCUGGAGUGACACUGAGGACGUCCAGAGUCUACGUGAGAUGGUGGAACAUCUGGACAUGAGAAAGGCAGACAAGGCCCAGCUGGAGCAGGGCAUGGACAUCAAAGCAGACAAGGCUGAGCUGGAAACCAAAGUGAGCCAGGAGGAGCUGCAGAGCGCCGUAGCCCAGCUGAGCGAGAUGAUGCAGGACCUGCUGCAGAAGAUGUCCCUGCAGGACCAGGACUGGCAGAAAGCUCUAGAGAAGCUCGUCAGUGACAUGGACUCCAAGCUGGACCGCAUGGUGCUGGACCCGCUGCGGGCGCAGCUGGAGCGGGUCUGGAGGUUCACCAAGAAGUACCUGCGCCAAGGCCCCCCCUUCAACGCCAGCAGCGCUGCUGGUUUUAAAAAGCAGCUCUUUGACCGGGUGAAAUGCAUCUCCUGCGACAGACCGCUGACRAUGGCACGCAGGCCGCAGCUGGUGACCGUCAGGAAAUCCAACCUGGCCACACGUCCCCGGCCGGCCAGCGCCAACGGCUACGAGUACCUGGCGCGCCGGGCGCAGGCACGGUGA